AAAUUACCAAUCUAACUCGUGAAGUGAACAUCUUUUGACCAAUUAGGAACGGAAUGGUUUUUGCCGACCAGGUCAAUAGAAUCAAUGGGCAGGAAACCAAUCCAUCUCUGACACAAAUGAAAAACAGCCAAAAGCUGCAGAAUUUCCGACAUCUUCUGUUUAUCUCCGCCGUGAUGUCCACCGCCGACCGCCGUACCAGAUAGCACAAACUUUCGAAUACACGCUGACUGGGUCGGCGGGUAUCCUCAGGGUCAGACAGUGCCAGAGAAAACUCAUAGCGAUCAGGAAUUCAAUAGCGAAGCAGAGAUUAUGAUGGAUCCUUACCACCACCACCACCAGAACCCUCCUCUUCGCGACGAUCAUCUCCGUUACCUUACCGGAACCACCGCUGGCGCUCUCUACGUCAAAGUCAUGACCGACGAGCAAUUGGAGACUCUUCGCAAGCAAAUUGCUGUUUACGCCACCAUUUGCGAGCAGCUCGUUGAGAUGCACAAGACUCUUACUGCUCGCCAGGAUCUCAAAGGUGCUGCAAUGCUCUUUUCUUUUACUUCUUUCAAUUCAAUGGAUGAAUUAGGCUUAUUGCUUUAUCCUAGCAAGCAAAAGAUCAAAGAGAUUACCUCUGAACUGGGUCAACAUGGGCAAAUUUCUGAAUCAAAUGUCUAUAAUUGGUUCCAAAACAGGCGUGCUCGAUCAAAGAGGAAGCAGCAGGGUACAGCGCCUGCGUAUGGUGAAUCAGAAUUGGAUACAGAAGUCGAGUCGCCGAAAGAUAAGAAGACAAAACCUGUGGAUUUUCAAACUCCUCAAACCUCUGCACCUUUGGGGGAGAACAUGGGCUUCCAGAGUCCUGAGAUGCACUAUGAACUGCAUUUCCUGGAUCCAAACACCAACAAAGCUGAUACUUUGUUUCCAUCAAAUGGAAGUUCAAAAACCGCAAGAACUUUUAGUCAGAUGUCUUCUUAUGAAGGGAAUGAACAGCUGACAGGAAAGAUCGAGACGCCAGAAAACUAUAGUCUUUACUCGCAAGCAGAAGGAUGCAUGACCGAACAACCCUGAAUUCUUUUACAGUUGACACAAAAGUGUUCUUGUCUUAUUACGAAUAUGCUGGACUUCUAGCUUUCAUGUGACUAGUCCAUUAUUGAAGGAAACAGUGAUGAUGAUGUCGAUGAUGAAGGAUGGCGACUUGUGUGCUCGUAUCUGGUCGUGAUUCGUGGAUUGUCGGAGUGUUCAGUUUUGAGUAAUGUAUUUUGGUUGGAUUGUAUUUGGAGAUGAGCUUUGGGAGUUGAUUAGUUGAUUGAGCCAUUGACAGUGUUGUAGGUUUGUUAAAUGGCCCCUCUAAGGAGAGAAGGCCAUUUGUAAAAGAAUGUGUUUGUAUGGAAAAGAGAUUGCAAAGGCGAUCCUCAACCUCAUUCCUUUUAUUGUUGGUUUACUUACAAUUACCAAUAGAUAAUUAGUUAAGCCAAGUGAUUAACUUGCUUGCUAAUGAAUAUUUGCUGACAUUUAAGUGAA